GGCGAGUCUUGCGACUACCGUGUUUUGUAUUCGAUAAACGUAAACGUCAGAGGUGAGACGUGCGGAAUGUGCUACAAUAGUGCUCGGAUAGUUCGCAAAGCGCCGCGAAAAACUUGACAUUCCCGCGCUGGUGAAUAUUACUUGAAAACAGUGAGAACCGGUGUUUUUGAAAUGUAUAUACGAGAGAAAAUUAUGAAUUAUUGACGUAAUGUACAUAACUUGUGAUGUUUAGUGUUGUGACUUUUAAUUUCUAAAUAUACAGAGAAUUGAAGGUGGAACGUGAUAGUGUACCGCUUUCCCGAGAAAGUGUCCGCAGAUCCGCAGGAUGUCGAAUUUCCAACGCACGCGCAGUAAAGUGUGGUGGGGUGAUUCACCUCCGAACAUCGGCAGUCCAGUGGCCCCUCACGCGGAGUGGAACCGAAACAAUCGCGGCAGAGACGAGCCAGACUGGGAGCCUCAAUUGCCACACUGGAUUGCCAACCAGCCCGACCAACAAAGGAACAAUAGCGCUGAUAAUAUUGCGCAACAUAAUGUGCAGAUAAAUCAAUGGCCCUUGAGACACGGCAGCCCCGGCAGUCACAAAAGCCAAGAUUCCGGAUUCUCCGACUCCGAUAGCUCCCCGCCUCCCUCGCAAUACUAUCAGCCAGAAAACAAUGAAUCAAAAGAUAAGUCAUCCAGCAGCAGCGAUUCGAACAAUAACGAAAAUAUUACGGUGAAACAUGUUUCGAAUUUACAAAACUCGCCGGAGAAUAAAGAUGUUGUUGAUAACCCCAAAACACCGGAUCAUGCAGAGAUUCCGACGCCGAAACCUCGACUUCGAAGUAGUAGUGUAAUACAGACGCCAUACGAUUUACAAAAAUACUACGAAAUUCAUCACGAUGAAGAACAUAUGGAGUUAUUAAAAGACAAAGAUGUCGACGACGCAAACAAAUCAGAGCAAAAAUAUAUUAAUCCGAAAAACUUUAAUAACGAGAACAUAAAUAAAGGAAAAUCGAAUAAUUCACCCUCGAAAAAUAUAAAUAUUAAACAAUCGAACGUCAAGAACGACAGUAAAAUAAAUCAUAAUGUACACAAAAAUAAUGCUACGAUUAAUAAAGAUAACACUCAAAGUCAAAGUGCAAUACAAAAAGAUACCAAAGAAGUACCAGUUAAAAAUAUAAAUAUUAUAAGUCCAUCUAAGAAAUACCCGGUUAAGAAAACGUUUAUAUCUAACGCUGAGAACGAUAGCACCAAAGUUAUUAAAGUAGCAAAAGUUAAAGAUUUAGAAACUAGUAAAAAUAAGUCUGAUGAAAGUUUAGAAUACAUUAAAUUGGCUGAUCACAAUGAGAUUGCAGUUAAUAACCAGCCCAGAAAUCGCACGCCUAUUUCGAAUGUUUCUUAUAUACCUACCGAAAAAUCUUACAAAACAGAAUACAAUCGCAGCAUAUCAAACGAAUACACCUUACCCAUUACUACAACACCGAAAUUUGAAAGAAACAGGUUAAAUAAAUCUCUUAAUUUUGAAGCUCAACGCUUAGACCAACAAAUACUAGACAUUCAAGAUGGACAUCAUUCUUUAGGAUAUAUUCAUGAAGACACAAUCUCUGAAGAUACACAAUAUGACAAAGAAUACAUACAUAAACCAACCAAAGCUCUCCUUGCAAAGAAUAUUAUGGACAGCCUGCAUUUGAAACCAACUAAAAAAGCAGGACCAAAAGCAAAACAACGAAUGGCCACGAAGUGUGAUAGAACUAAAGAAUUAUUCAGGAUAUUUCCAUCAAAAAAAGAAAAACCCGGAGUUGCAGACUCCCUAGCUGGGGGAACUUUAAACGGUAGUAGAGUUCCAUCAUUAGGAUUACCUAGAACUAGUGAACAUAAUAACUGGGUCAUAGUCGGUUAUCCAGAAAAAGAAUUACUUAUUCCUCACUACAACGAAAGACUUGUCGCUACUGAAAGCGAUUUAAAUUUAAGGGCAAAAGACCAACCCGAAGAAGAUCUCAGUUAUCUACAAAAUAGAAGGGUCACACCUCCCCCACAAUUCCAGGACAAACAAAAAACACCAUACGAAACAGAUUCUAAAAAUGACGAAGAUCUAACCCACGAUUCUAAAAGAGAGAAAUUAAAAGAUGACGAAUUAAACUUUGUAGACAUACAAUUAAAUUUAGCCUGCACCUCAACUCCCAAAAUGUUAGCCCCUGAUGAGUUUAUGAAUGGAAGAAAAAGUAACAGAAAAAGUUUACGCAAAUCAAUAUUGACUGAUUUCAACAGUGGUGUGGUUUUAAACAACCAGAACGAGAUACUAUAUAGAGAAAGAAGUAUUGACCAAACGUUAUUGGAACGUCUUUGUGAAAGGAAACCAGAGCCAGUUCAGUACUGGCUGUGUGACUUAAUUGGUUCGUGUGAAAACGAAUGUAUGACAACCUUGCAGAGCAAGCCUUUGGGAGCGGAGAUGAAGGCUUUGGUAUCAGCCAGUUCUGCUACAAUCACUGGCAACAUCAAAAAAGUGCAAACGCACGGCCAGAUUAUCGUCCAUCACUACAGUGAUGUGCUAAGGCAAAUUGAAGCUAACAAAUCGUGCGAGGAGCAAAUAUGUUUGCUGGUUGCGAAUAUAAAUGAGUUUGUAUUGGCACAUAGCAUAACGUUAAACACCAAGCCUCCUGGUGAAACACCAGAACGAUGGGAUAAAAUUAAGAAGUCACUGCAAAUGUAUCUACAGAAAUUGAUAGAUAUAGGCGAAGAUGUGAAGAUUGAGUUGAAUGAGAGCAAUACCGAAUGGAAUCUCGUGCAAAAGCAUCUCGACACACUGAUAGGAAUCUUCUUGGAGACUACGAAAGCUGUGCUUGUGCAGCAGAUGAAGACACUAGUCUCCAUAAUAGAAGAACCGCCAUCAGACAUGAUACUAAAAAGCACUUUAACAUCUAUCGGGCACUUGGCAAUGCUAAGUGACAAUACAGAAGGCUCACUCCACGAGGAAUGCGUUAAGAUCAUGAAGAGUAUAACCGAGCUUCCGUUUGUGGACUGUGGUGUGCCGAGGGCGUUAUUAACAGCAAUUAUUGAGAGCAACAAGAGUUCCAUAAAAGCAUUGUCUUUACGCGCUCUAGCUACGGUGUGCGUUACCGGAGACGCUGUUAAGCAGUUUGAAGAGGGUGGCGGUAUCGAGAUCAUAUCGGACAUUUUAUCAGACGAGUCGAACCCCGAGCCGCAGAUGCGGGAGGCGAUCACCGUGCUCACUCAGAUCACGGCUCCGUGGCUGCGAGGACAUUACGAUCUCACGCAAAUGCAUCUAUAUCUGGACAAUAUCGUCGAUAAAAUUACGGGAAUACUAUCUCGAACGGAAUGUUGCCAGUUACUUCUAUUAUGUACUGCCUGUUUGGUGAAUUUGGUGCGGGAGCUGGAAUUGGAGAGACGAGAGGAAGAUGUGGCUAAUGACUCGGAUAUCGUGGAGGUCAUCACCAAGCACCGCACUGUGGAACGGUUGCUGGAUGCCGUGAAACGUCGAGGGCCUCAUAUCUCCGUGUUUUUGCAAGAACAAACAGCGUCCCUACUAGCGUCGUUAUGCCGCAUCCCGCGCUGCGUGCUGCAGCUGUCGCGGCUGGGCGCGGUGGUGGCGGCGCUGGUGUGCUUCACGCGCAGCGCGCCCGCGCACGCGCCGCGACACGCCGAGCUGCGGGCGCAGGCGCGGCUGCACUGCCACGCCACCGACGCUAUAUCUAGGUUAUCGGUUAUACCCGAUGUCGCCCAACAGAUAGUCCAGCUCGAAGGAGUUCCGCACCUUACCCGGCUGGUUAGGGUGCAGCGAACCCGGCCGCAUCUCGAACACAACCCGGACCAAACGCUCAUACACUGCCUCAAAGCGUUGCGAACCAUCUACAAACACAUACCCGAAGCUUUCGACGAAUACCAAAAAGACGUCGAAGAUAUGAUCCGACCGCAUUUAAUGGAAUCUUUGAUGCUCUUCUCGGCCAAGCAGGAGAGCUAUGUUUAAAUUGACAAUAUACAGUAUAAACUUUGUAAUUUUAAUGACAUAAUUUUAAAUAAAAAUUGGGCAAAGAAACAUUUUAAUCAGUGAUUAGUUAAACACUGAUUAUGUAUGUUUAUAGGUGGGGUAAAUUUAUCAAAUUGGAGACUGAAAUUGAGACUUUAGUCAGUGGUGUGGCUUACCAUAAAGGGACCCUAUAUAUGAAUUUGUUGGGACUCUUCAGGACAGUGCAAACUUUUAGGGCUGUCACCCUCUUGAGGGACCUCUAACGCUCGGGGGCCCCGUAUAACUAACACGGUCGAUACGGCGGUAGUUACACCCUAGACAUUGCUUCAUAUAUUUUAAGCUUCUUGAAUUUUAAUUUGUUAAUGGAUAAUACUUCUAUGCUAUGACAUGAAAUACAUAAUACAAUAAUCACUUUGUCUCGGAAAAAAUGUACUUGACAAAUGAAAGACUUCAUGCUUAUACUGCCAUACAUUCCACUUUUCAUUCAAGUGUUGUAUAUAAAAUAUUUUACGCAAAUUCCACUUAUUGUAUGUAUAGCUUACACAUAGCAUUACGCUCGUUGUACUAUUCAGAUUUGUAAAUAAGUUAAUCUAUUAUUUAAGAGCCUUAUGAUUGUUUUAAUUAAUCAGUGCUUUGUCUCUUUCUCUAAAAAGUGACAAAACAGUGAUUAAUUAAACACUGAUUAACAAUGUUCAUGUAUAGCCUUACUAGGGGAAUAAGGAACCUCGCUACGACAAAUGUAUGGAACUAAUUGUACCGACAAAGGUUUAAAAAAAAAUAUGGCGCCACAAGAUUUUUUUUAUUUUCCUGGUUUGGCUAUAAGUUUAAUAUUUCUACUUAAUAUGUUAACUUUAUGUCUUAUGUCUAUUUGUCAGUGGCCAUACUACGAAGGAAUUACUAUUUGCUAGUCUUAAUUUCUUUAGUUCUAGUUCUAAUGGUUUUGAGAAAUGAUAGGCGUGUCAAUUGUAUACGAAUGGUGAUCAAAGAUGGAAUAUUUUAAGUUAUUGUUUUAAGUAAAUCUAUACAAUGAAUUAUUCUCGAAAUAUCUUAAGUACUAUAGCGGAACCAUUGACUUAUAAAGUGUAAUAAAAACUAUUUAAUGUAUCGAAAUAGAUUUUUAAUGAAAUAAUAUAGGUAACCUUAAUAUUUUUAAACCCGGGCUAACCUUGGCCACUGCAGAAGUAAAAACAUCUUUUUAUAAAUAAAAAACAAUUUUGUUCUGAAUAUUUCAUGAAAAUUUUAUAAAUUAGUAAAAAUAACAUUCAAUAAACUACUUAAGUUAAUUUCAAGUUUUAUCCAAUUUGUAUUGGUCCAUAUUGUACACAAUGAAUACCACCACUAACUAUAUGUACGUAGUAAUAAGUACAUACAAUAUAUUGAAAAUAUUUGUAGAUAUCAUGUAUGGAAUGUGCAUACAGCUCGCGACAUUGUUAUCGUUUCAAAUAAAGUAUAUAACAAAAUGAA